GCAGCCAAUGAGGACGAGGAUCAGUGGAGGGGGUGUGGCGGACCGCCGAAGAGGGGAGCGGGCGUUUGAGGUUGCAGGUGUCGGCGUCGGCGUCCGACAGCGAUGGAGCUACCCCGGGGAGCUGCUGCAGUCGCCGUCGGUGGUCUCUCGCUCUGGCUCCGUGGCCUCGGCCUUCUCUUCCUCCUGCCCGCCGUCCCAGCCGUCCCCGGCCGGGAUCGGCUGGACGCUUUGCAGCCGCCGCCGGCCGGCGCUCGGACUACACUGUUGGCCAACCCGCGGAGCCCCUUGCCGGGGAGCCGACUGUGGGGAGCCGAGGUCGGCCCCGGCGGCGGCCGGCGGCGGCGGAGCCCGAGCGGGGAGGAGGAGGGCUGCAGCCCGCUACAGGGCUUCGAGGCCAAUCUAGUCAACAACACGUACCAGCAUGUAUUUGAUGAUCUCAGUGGCUCAGUAUCUCUGUCAUGGGUUGGAGACAACACUGGGGUCAUUCUAGUCUUGACCACAUUUCAUGUACCAUUGGUAAUCAUGACUUUUGGACAGUCUAAGCUUUAUCGAAGUGAAGACUAUGGAAAGAACUUUAAAGAUAUCACAAAUCUCAUCAAUAACACUUUCAUUCGGACUGAAUUUGGAAUGGCUAUUGGACCUGAAAACUCUGGGAAGGUGAUUUUGACAGGGGAUGUGUCUGGAGGAAGUCACGGAGGAAGAAUCUUUAGGUCAUCUGACUUUGCGAAGAAUUUUGUUCAGACAGAUCUGCCUUUUCAUCCUCUGACUCAGAUGACCUACAAUCCCCAGAAUUCUGAUUACCUUUUGGUUGUCAGCUCUGAAAAUGGCCUGUGGGUGUCAAGGAACUUUGGGGGAAAAUGGGAAGAAAUCCACAAAGCAGUAUGUUUGGCCAAGUGGGGAUCACGAAACACCAUCUUCUUCACUACCUAUGUGAAUGGCUCCUGCAAAGCUGAUCUUGGAGUAUUGGAAUUAAGAAGAACCUCUGAUUUUGGCCAAAGUAUCAAGACAUUGGAGUACAAAUCUAUUCUGUUUGGCUUGGGGGGACGGUUCCUCUUUGCUUCAGUAAUGGCUGAUAAGGGUGCAACACGAAGGAUUCAUGUGUCCACAGAUGAAGGAGAGACCUGGAGUAUGGCCCAGCUACCUUCUGUGGGACAGGAACAGUUCUACUCUAUUUUAGCAAGCUAUGCUGACAUGGUGUUCAUGCAUGUUGAUGAGCCUGGAGAUACUGGAUUUGGCACAAUCUAUACCUCAGAUGAUCGAGGCAUGGUUUAUUCAAAAUCAUUGGAGAGGCAUCUUUAUAACACUGGAGGGGACACGGCCAUCACCAAUGUGACUUCCCUUCGAGGCGUUUACAUGACCAGUGUUCUCUCAGAGGAUAAUUCUAUCCAGUCCAUGAUACUUUUGACCAAGGAGGACCGAUGGAAGCUCUGAGGAAGCCUGAAAAACAGCAAGUGUGACUCAACGGCUAAAAUAAAGAGGAGGUUGUGCAGUCUUCACAUCCAUGCCUCCUACAGUAUUUCCCAGAAGCUGAAUGUUCCAAUGGCACCCCUGUCAGAGCCCACUGCUGUGGGCAUAGUCAUCGCUCAUGGUAGUGUGGGAGACGCCAUCUCAGUGAUGAUCCCAGACGUUUACAUCACCGAUGAUGGGGGCUACUCCUGGACAAAGAUGCUAGAAGGACCUCACUAUUAUACCAUCCUGGAUUCGGGGGGCCUUAUCGUGGCCAUUGAGCACAGCGGCCAUCCUAUCAAUGUGAUUAAGUUCUCCACGGAUGAAGGACAGUGCUGGAACAUAUACACAUUUUCCAAGGAACCCAUUUAUUUCACUGGCCUAGCAUCAGAGCCAGGAGCCAAGUCCAUGAAUAUCAGUAUUUGGGGUUUUACGGAAUCUUUCUUGUCCCGGAAAUGGGUCUCUUACACCAUCGAUUUUAAAGACAUCCUUGUCAGAAACUGUGAAGAAACGGACUAUACCAUCUGGCUGGCUCACUCCACCAGACCUGGGGACCACGAUGACGGUUGUAUACUGGGCUACAAAGAGGAGUACCUGCGACUGCGAAAGUCUUCAGUCUGCCAGAAUGGGCGAGACUACGUGGUGACCAAACAGCCGUCCGUCUGCACCUGCACUCUAGAGGACUUUCUCUGUGAUUUCGGCUACUUCCGUCCAGAAAAUGAUUCCAAGUGUGUGGAACAGCCCGAGCUGAAAGGCCAUGAUCUCGAGUUCUGUCUAUUUGGGACCGAAGAGCAUUUGACAACAAAAGGGUACCGGAAGAUUCCUGGAGAUAAAUGUCAAGGGGGAAUGAGUCCAGACCGAGAGGAAAAAAACUUGAAAAAGAAGUGUACCAGCAGUUACUUGAGUCCGGACAAGCAGAAAUCUUCAUCAAAUUCUACUCCAAUUAUCCUGGCCAUUGUAGGACUGAUGUUGAUCACAAUCAUAGCUGGAGUUCUCAUUGUAAAGAAAUACGUCUGUGGUGGCAGGUUUUUAGUGCAUAGAUAUUCAAUUCUACAGCAGCAUGCAGAGGCCAAUGGUGUUGAUGGAGUAGAUACUCUGGACACAGUCUCCCCUAGCAAUAAAAAUAAUUACCAUGAUGACUCAGAUGAGGACCUCCUGGAAUAGUUGUUUGAAGCAGUCGGGACAGAGAGGCUCAAGUGCUGGUGUCAUCACAUCCACCUGUUUCUCUGAUCUGGGGAAUGUCCUUCCCAGUAUGAUGAACCCAGCCCCGUUUUUUGCUGCUUCCAGACCCAAAGGACCUUCACAACCUAAAUGCAAGAUGGGGAUGGAAAACCCCCAAGACUCUUCAGGAUUCAAUGACUCUGAGAAGAGAAGAAAUUCUUAAGUCAUUUCUUUUUAUUUUAAUUUGUCCUUCUGCUGAGUGUGGUGGGUUUUUUUUAAAAAAGGGAAAUGAAAUGGAAUUUGAAGGGAAUGUCUCACUAAUGCUAUUAUUGCUGUAUUUUUACAUGGCGCCUACCUCAGGGUAGCUGCCCGCUUUAGCAUAAACUCACAUUGUGCUCCCUGCCAUCGUUGAGCUUUCACAUAAAGCAGCUGCAAGGAAGAGAAUGGAGGCUGCAAAGACUGACAUAGGCCUCACAGGUUUUCUCCAUCUGGGGACAAGGCUGAUCCCAGACCAGCAGGCCCUGGCCCAGCACAGGACUCUCCCCCAACCCCAGGAUCUUACAGAGGCAAUAGACCACAGUGGUUUUUAUUUCCCCCAUUUUCAUCAGGCAUUAUUACCCUUAUUUGUUGCCCUCUGAGUUUAAACUGAGCCAUGAGCUUCUGAAGUACUAAAUCAGGAAAGUUUAAAGGGGAAUAUUCUUAACUGGGCAGGGCGGGGGGCAGAGGGGGGGGAGGGGAUGGAGGGAGUGGGAUAGAAGGGAAUAUAUUAGAUUUAGAAUCAAAUACAGAAGAAAUUAUUGUUCUUUUUGAGGCAUUUGUCAGACAUGCUUUGUGUAUGUGUGUGCUGAUGGGCUUGCUGCAAAGUAUGUACUCGAUAUGGAUGCUUAAUUAGGUUAAAUGAUUUCUUCAAGAGCUAAUUUUCUGAGGAAGCAGCGCAGCUAUAGGGUUAGGCAUUGCUGUAUUCCAUUUCUUUCAUUUCUUGGCCCUUUGGUACCUCACUGAACCAUUCAAUUGAAUUGUAAAAACAGAUACCUAUUUUUUCUUCUUUUGAGUUGCUGUUAUCUAUCCAUCAAGUUAGGACCAAGAUUUUCAGACUUAAAGGCUUUAAAAAAAUAAUUUUAUUCCUGGAUUGCCCUCCUCAUCUCUGUUCCCUGUUCUGCCAAGCAAUUUGUUAGCUCAAAGGUUUGGCUAUAACCUUGCCCAUCUGGAGCCAUGCUUCUUGGAAAACAUCUUCCAACCUAGAUGACAGAUGCUUUAUGAUGCGUUUAAAAAUUGGGGGGCAGGGGGAGUACCCUUUCUCUGACAUUUUUUCCAUAGUAAAUGGAUUAAAGAGUUAGUAGUGGAUUUUUUUUCUUCCUCAUGUAGUAAGGAAAAUUGCAAUCAUUAGUUAUGCUGUAGCUUAAAUAUUUGCUGUACAUGAUACAGUCUAGGAAGUUCAGUUUAUGUAUACUGUGCCGGUCACAGUUCCUCGGUUUUCCCUUUAACGGUGAUUUGGGACUUUUCUGUCCUUAGAAGCUGCUGUUUUACUGCUGGGUCAGAUUGUGGUUAGGAAGUCAGUAAAGAUUAAAUGUGCCAAAUUAACUUUUGUUGACAUUCAUGAACAGAUGGCUAAAUUCUCCAUCACCGGCAUGGAUUAACAACAGCAGGGAAAGUAGAGAAGAAAAAAUCCAAGAGACUUUGCAACUGCAGUAAAUUAAAUGAGUCAGGAUUGCUUAGGGAGAAGAUGAGACAGAAAGUUACCAAUUUUUAUAAAGGGAGCUAGCAUAUGUUAAGGCUAGAAAGCACCAGGCUUUUAGAAUGAAAAGGGUUUUUAGAUCAUUUUAACUCUUACAUCAUCCCAAAAGUAUACCAGAUCCCAGGUUACAGUAUUUUCAGCAAUUCAUUUUCUUCCUUCUCGUGCUCAAAACUGAUGCUCAGAAAAGACUUAUUUAUAUCACAUUCCCCAUCUCCUCAUUAUAUAUUAAAUUAGGAACUGGCACUAUCUUCCCUUUAGUGUAAAUGUUCGAAAAUACACAGAUUAAUUCCAACAAAUAUAUAUAAUAGAAAAGUUAAUAUUUUUUACUAGACUACUGCCCAUUCUUGCAUUUACAUAUGCAAGGCACUUCUGAACAUAUUCACAUUUCAAACUGAAUUCCGGAAAUAUGUAGGGCUAGGAUUAUCCCCAUUUUGCAGGUGAUAAAAUUGAGCGACAGGAGUGACUUGCCCAAGGUUACACAGCACUUAGGGGCAGAGCUUGUUGCAGUCUUAAGAUAACCUUGGACGUUUUACUUUAUGUAAUCCUAUGCUGAACACUUGUUUUAUCUUUAGCUUCAGAUGACUCACUAUAGGUCUCCAUAAAAGGCUUUUCUUUUUACAAAAAGGAUUUCUUUUUAUGUCUGGGGGUAGGGGAUAACCCAGUGAUGCAUCACCCAACUUCUCCCAUUCUUUUUCUCUGACUGAUUAGCCCAGUUGGUUAGAGAACUGUGUUGGUGAAACCUAGGCCAUGGGUUCAUUUCCUGUAUGGAUUAUUUAACUGCUGUUUUGCAGUUGCAAACUUCAUACCCCUUUCAAUAUUGUUUGGCAGAUAUGGAUCCUUGUGCAGGAGAGAGUUGAUCCAUUAGCAGAAAUUUAUUACUGCUUCUAGGACAAAAAGGAACUUGAAAUUUAUGGCCUCCUGAUGCUGGGUCAGUAGCAUCAUUUUCCCUCGUGAAUACUCUUGGUGGCAGAGUUGUGAUUUCUGCAACUUUUAUUAGUAGCAUUUGUUGAAGAUAUGCCGAAAGUGUGUAGGACCAACCCCAAGAUAAACUGAGCCCUUCAAUCUUGGUGGAAAAGUUGCCCUCCCCCAGGAACCGGAAGUAUCCUCUUUGCUGGAGGCCAAGUGCUUUGGUUUCCCCAUCCAAGGGCCAGGAUGUGGAUACACAUGGGAUGGGAGUGAGGUUCAGAUAUUUUAGAAAAGACUUUGGUAGAAUGAAGCUCCUUGAAAGGAGUUCUAGCAGACUCGUUGUCUUCCAUCAGCCCUCCUCGGCUCCUAGGUGGCCCCAGAAAAUAUUCUUGCUCAGCUCGAGCUUUCUGUAAUUCUUCACUGUAACUCUGAUUUGCCUCUGGGUUCCCUAAUCUUCCUAACUUGGUCUCUCAGUCUACUGACCAGUGUGAACUAGACACUUCGUUUUUAAAGAAUGCUGCCCCAUCCUGCUAUAGACACUAGUCUGUAAACCAUGAUUUGUUCUCCAGUGACUUUAGGCUGGAGGCCCUAGACAAAUACAGGAAGCCUCGUUGCUUUCCAUUUGGCCUAAUGACAGGCUGGACUAGCCUGGCCCUAGUCAUUUAUUGCCCAGACGGAGCGGGGAGAAUGUCUGUCUCCUGUCAUGAGAACCUGACAAAGCAAUGAAUCAGGUUGCUUAAGCAAAUCUUCCUGAACACCAGCACCUCCCUUCUUCAGUCAAGCAAGUGAACACAUGUGCUUCAACAUCUUUUGAACAGAACCAAAGUUAAGAUUCUCUGCAUCUGUCAGCACUUAGAUGGCUUACAGGUCCCGUCCCGCCAUUGGCUCUCCCAUAUCUGGCCAGCCUGAGGAGUGCUGCUGCCCUGUCAUAGUGAAUUGAUAGCCAUACCUACAAGUGCUCCAGGGCUUUCUUCCCCGUGGAGAAUGACUGUCAUAACAGGAUCUUCUGGAUUUCUCUUAAGUUACAAUGAAACUGUCAGGAUUGAAAUACUAACUUGGAAUUAUCCACAACAGCUUUCUAUGUGCAUUUUUUCAAACUGGUACAUUCUUAAUGGUCCUUGUUUAUACAUAGGUCUCAUAAAGCUAAUCUGUACCUUUUAUAUAUAUAUAUAUGUAUGUAUGUAUGUAUGUGUGUAUAUAUACAUAUAAAAACUGUAUAUUCUACAUAAUAAUGAUUUAUUGAUGUGCCCCAGAAUUUUAAUGAAAUUUCCUUCCUUAGUUUUCUUUCUGGUAAUAUGAACAACUCCCUGGGAAUUCAGUUCAUUUACCUUCUUUGGAAAGUCUAGGAGCACAACUAUUGGUUGGACUCUCCUUUUGUCCUGGUGGACAGAAGUAAUGAGAGUCACCCUGUGUUGAUGCCUGGGCCUAUUCCUUGUCCCUUCGUAAGUAAAUGGUCCCAAUGCUUCCCCACCUGAGAGGCAGCUGCUUUCCUACUGAGGCAUGAGGCCGUACUGGAGAUGUUGUCACUGCAUGUGCUCUAAUACUCAUUUUAUCUUCUUUUGGCACAGCCAAUUGCAUGUAGGGCAGGAAAAUGAUGUUCCAGUAACCCAUGUCAGUUACGCAAUAAAGCCAUCUCUCUCUCUCUCUCUCUCUCUCUCUCUCUCUCUCACACACACACACACACACACACACACACACACCAACUCUUCCAUAUUUAGUACCUCCCAAGAAAGGGUAAAAAAGAUUGAAAUGAAACUCAAAAUUUCUUUAGCAUUAUGUAAAUAAAUCUGGAUGUGUUUAACUUUG